AUGGCUGACCAGGUUGAAGUGGUUCUCUAUGGGCUCGGAGCCAUCGGCUCCUUCUAUGCCUUCGUCCUCCAGCGCAGCGACCGCGUCCGCCUCACCGUGAUCGCGCGGUCCAACUACCAGGCCGUCAAGGAAAAUGGUAUCCUCCUGAAAAGCGCCAACCACGGCGAGCACCGCUUCCACCCGGACCGCGUCCUCCGCAGCCCAUCCGAACUCACCCACCCAGCGGAUUAUCUCGUCUGCACCAACAAAGCCAUCGAUACCGACACCGUAGUCCAGUCUCUCUCCCCAGCCAUCAACGCCGACACCACAAUCGUAAUCAUCCAAAACGGGGUCGGAAACGAAGACCCCUUCCGCGCUGUCUACCCCUCCAGCACUAUCAUCUCCUGCGUGACCUGGGUCGGCGCCUCGCAACCCACCCCCGGAACAACAAUCCACACGACCUCCGAAGAAACCGAACUAGGCCUGUACCCCAACCCAACCCUCCCCCGAAGCAUCGAAUCCGACCGCCUCACAACAUUCACCAUACUGCUCACCCCCAGCCGUACCCCUUUUACCGUGCACACGGACAUCCAACCCAUCCGGUGGUCCAAAACCAUUUGGAACUGCGCCUGGAACACGCUCACCACACUGACAGCACAAGACACGCAGUCGUUCCUGGGGUCCUCUCCGGACGCGAUCCCCUUCACCAGACGGCUGAUGAACGAGGCGGUUUCCGUCGCGACGGCCUGCGGGGUCUCGUUGCCGCAGGACCUGGUCGACGCGCAAAUGGAACGGAUGCGCAGGCUGGGGGCCGUGAGGACCAGCAUGCAGAUUGAUCGCGAGAUGGGGCGCAAGAUGGAGAUCGAGGUUAUCGUGGGGGCCCGGUACGGAGGGCCAGGGAGUUGGGGGUCGAUGUUCCUGUUCUGGAGGCGGUUUAUGUGCUGUUGA